AUGCGCAGCUUCUUAGGUGUAACCGUGCACAUUACUUCAGGUUCUGAGAUCACCACUUUUGAAAUAGGUGCCAGACAAAUGGAUCAAAGGACAACCACCGCUAACCUAGUAGUAGCAAUGAGAGAGAUGUGUCGCGAUGACUGGAAAAUUAAUUAUAACAAAGUGCGCGCCGUGGUAACAGAUGGCGGAGCAAACAUUAAGGCAGCAGCUAAGCAAGAAUUUGGAGCGGGAAAACAUUUAUCGUACCUUAGCCAUCGCUUCGAUCUAAUCGGGCAGAAGGCAAUCGGGAACAUAAGCACCCUUCCCUCAGAGCGGACAUCUCCAGAGCCCGAGGUACCUGACGACGAGGACGAUAUUGAUGACGAGGUGGAGGUGGAGGCAGGCAGCACCAACUUUAGAACAAUCCUCAACAAAGUUAAGAGAAAAGUUACGUUUUUUAAGAAAAGUGAAAUUGCCUCUCUAAAACUUCGUGAGCUUCAGAAAGACGAGCAUGGCAAAUUGGACAGUAAGUGUCUGAACCUCAUACAGAAAGUUAAGACUAGGUGGAACUCCUGUUUUGACAUGCUGGACAGGUACAUUUAUCUUGCUCCUCUCGUUACCCGGGUAGUGUUAGAAUUACAACGCACACGAGCGAGCAAAGAGAGGGCGCCUGAACUCAUAUCCCCUAUGGAGGAGUAUAUAUUGAAGGAGAUUCGAGACCUAUUAGCGCCCCUAGCACGAGCUACUAAAGAAGUGAGCACAGAUAAAAUAGUGACGCUAAGUAAAUCUAUCCCUGUGAUAAAUAACCUCAGGAGAGAAAUUGACGACUACCUGCUGACUGAGCCUGAGGCAUGUGCUCUCAAAGAAAAUCUGACCACCUUACUGCGAGAUGCUUUUGCCAGCAUAGAGGAAGUGCCCAUGUAUGCUGCAGCUACACUAUUGGAUCCGCGCUUUAAAAAGUUUAGAUUCUGGCAGGAUAUAUCAAGUCGACGCAGCGACCUAGUCAAAAAGAAGAUGGCUAAAGGAAGCACCCAGCCGCUGUCUGAUAAGGUUCCUGAGGCCCAGAGCACGGUUGCAGAGCAGAGCGACAGCUUCUGGGAUUCAUUUGACAAGGAGGUUGAGGGAAGAUCGGCUGCACAAUCCGGCCAAGAUAUGGCAGGAGGAAUACCAAUCCAGUUUCGCAUGUAUUUGGACAGCGCCCCCGUUAAGCGCAAAGAUUUCCCGAAUCCCCUUCGUGCAUGGGCAGCGAUUAAAGGAGAGUAUAAGUAUGUGUACCAGGUGGCGCAAGAAAACCUUUCUAUCUUGGCAACGUCUGUGCCAUCAGAACGUCUCUUCUCCAACGCGGGCUUGAUUAAAAAUCAGCUACGAACUCGGCUGUCGGGAAAGUUACUAGAAAUACUAGUAUUCUUAAGAUCAUGUGACAACGCUUUGUGGUUUGAAUGA